CUCCAAGCAAGAUGGCGGAAUCAGACUGAAAAUGUCUCUUAAUCCACGCUUUAUUUUCCGCGGUUUUACUCGUGUGACGACCGGAAAAAACCUGUUUUCUUUUAAAUUACCUAAAAGGAGCCUUUCUACAAACACUCAAAGAAACGAUGCGGAAGAUAAACGGGAAAUUAAUCGUUUAUUUCAAGGAAUAAUUGAGGGUCAUCGUGGAAGCCUGGCACAAGGUAUUACACUGGUGGAAACAUUACAUCCAACAAAGUAUCAGCAAGCGCAGCAAUUGCUGUCAAAAGUUGCAAAAUAUUCCAAAAAAGCACCCUUGUUUACAAAUGGGCAGCGUUCUUCAUUCCGUAUUGGUCUAUCUGGUCCACCCGGAGGUGGAAAAUCAACAUUUAUUGAGACAUUUGGAAAUUUCCUGACGAAUAAGAACCAUAAAGUUGCAGUUUUGGCCGUUGAUCCAUCAUCUUCUACAACUGGAGGCUCAUUGCUGGGGGACAAAACGCGCAUGACAGAGCUAUCGCGAGAUCCUAACGCUUACAUUAGGCCUUCACCGUCCUCUGGAACUCUGGGUAAUUUUUUAAUAAAGAUUAAAAAUCCCUGCGCAGCACAGUGACUUUACGUUCGAUUGAGAGCUAUAAAAUCCACUCUGUAAGAAGAUCUUAAACAGACGUUUUGGCAAUGCUACCCUGAAGAAGGCAGUGUAUGCCAAAACGUUGUUUUAAGAUCUUCUUACAGCAUGGAUUUUAUAACUUUCAAAUGAACAUUAAUAGUUGUUAACAAUCUACCCUCUAUCAAGAACCAACCAUUUGCUGCUCAAAGUGGUGUAAAUACCACUGUCAUGCCUCUGACAGAUGUAAUAAAGAAAAUAAAAACCAAAAAAGUCAUUUUAAAUCUCUUCUAUCCCUCUGGCUUUGGCUUUAGACAUGAAGGCCAUAUGUGAUGCUGUAAAUCAAUGAAAAUGCUUUUUUUACCCACCAUUCCUUCCCACCACUGCUUUGGUACACAUUUUAUGAAAAUAAAUGCAUACUUAUUGUUAGCAUUAACAUCAUCAUCAUCAAUCAGAAUCAUCUUUAUCAUCAUCAUCAUUUUGAUCAUCAUCAUCAUCAUCAUCAUCAUCAUCAAAGAAAACCUUUACCUUGUGCUUCCUUUCAACUCUAUACCCCAGAUCCUUGGAACUCUCUUUCUCUCAUAUGUUACAUCAUGUUGUUCUAGGCCUGGCAUAAGAAAGUACUAAUUUUGAUGAUCUCAAUUCUUCUCUUUAAGGUGGUGUGAAUCGCAGUACAAAUGAAGCCAUUCUACUUUGCGAGGCAGCUGGUUAUGACACCAUUCUGGUUGAAACAGUUGGUGUAGGUCAAUCAGAGAUAGCUGUUGCACACAUGGUGGAUAUGUUUGUCCUGCUGAUUCCACCAGCUGGAGGUGAUGAACUGCAAGGAAUCAAGAAAGGAAUCGUUGAGAUGGCUGAUCUUGUUUUGGUAAAUAAAGCUGAUGGGGAGCUUGCCAUUCCAGCUCAGAGAAUUCAGACAGAGUAUAUCAGUGCGUUAAAACUACUAAGGAAAAAGUCACAGCACUGGAAUCCAAAGGUAUAAUGUGCAUCUUACUUUUGCACAUACACUGCCAACUUAAGACUACUAUAAAUCCUGCUGUUGUUUUACAGGUUAACUCAUAAAACUUUGUAUUGUUUUGUUUGAAACAAUUCAUUUUCAGCUCAUGAUUUACAAUCUUAGAUCUUCUCCCAACCUUCCAAAUGAGUUUAUUACACUGCUCUUAUUUACUCAGUCUGGCAUAAUUAUUAAACAAAUAAAGCAUCUUACAUAACAAGAUGAAUGAGAUCAUGCCCACUCCCUAUUAUCUCUAUAUAUCCCUCAUAUUUUAAUUCCCUUAUCUUCUCCUUGCCCCCUCCCCCCUCCCCCCAGGCGGGUUUAGUAAGUGACAAAAUCCAAGACUCUGAGAUUGAAAGAAGUGCAUAUGUAACAUGAGUUUGAGAUUGGUCAGAUACACUUCCAAGAUUUUUGAGACCCACAGUUUGAACACACCAUUAACUAACUCUAGGUGAGCUUCAGUAGACCUUUUAGGCCAUCUGUUUUGUUUUUCCAUGUGGGAUCAAGUAUUAUGCAGAAACGUGCAUAAUUUGUUUAUAGACAAAAGGCAUAUUCCCUUGGGAACAUUGGAUGGUCUGAAUUGGGGAAGCAAAACAUGCAGUUAGUAUAAAACUAAACAAAACUCAAGGCAGGGCUGGCACUGCGGCAAAGGGCUGAUUUAUUAUAGGCCAAUAUUUCGGCUAACAAAAUUAGCCUUCCUCAUGGCCAGGGCUGGGUUGUUCGAAGGUGGGUUAAGAUAUCCCAGAGUUAGUGCAAAUUUUGAACUCAGAUAUGAGAGCUUAAAAAGUCAAUUCAGUUGAAUUCUCUUUGCCUACAAUUUGAUGAUUGGAUAUGCUAAAAAAAAUACAGAAAAUUAUCAGAGAGAAUGCUUUUGAUAAAAAGAAAAAGAAACCCGGGUUAAAAUUUAACCCCGCAUUAGCCCUAACCCGUGUGCAAACAACUGGGCUCAGAACUAUACCAAGAGAAAAUAUCUUUUAAUGGCUCCGAGUAAAAAACAUCUAUUAGUAUGAAACAUCUAUUGAGUGAUUCCUUACCACUAAGAUCCUGAUGGGCAUUUUUUUAUAGAAUACCUUUUUGAUAAUGUUACUCUGUUCUUGCCAGGUUCUGCGCAUGUCUGCCCAUACUGGUGAUGGUAUAGAGAAGGCAUGGGAAACAAUGCAGAACUUUCAUAACAUCAUGCUAGAAAAAGGAGAUCUUGAACAAAGACGUCGUGAACAACAUGUAAUCUGGAUGUGGAAUCACAUCAAAGAUCAAAUCAUGGGAAGAUUCAAAUCCAACCCUGAUGUACAGGGAGAACUCCAUUAUUACGAGAAACUGGUGGCUGAUGGAGUAGUGACUCCUGGAAUGGCAGCUGAUGUGCUCCUCAAAAUAUUCACUCAUUCAUCUUUACCUGAAAACUCUACUAAUCAUGAUUAGGCACCUCUAUUAAAAUCUUGUACAGUCAAACCUUGGUUAUCCAGACUUCAGUUUAUUGGACUCGUGAUUAUAAAGACUAUUUCUUAGCCUCGCCGCAGACGUCCUUUGGGGUUUGUUCGCCCGUGGGGGAGAAAUGAAUGCGUGACGAACGAACCCCAAAGGAUGUCUGCAGGGAGGCUAACUAUUUCUCUGAUCCCAAAAAAAUAAAUAUUUAAGAGAUUUAUAGUCACACUUACAGCAAACAUAAAUUUGUAUGUUGUGACCAAGUUUUCCCUUUACUUUUCUUUUGCUGUUAAUUAUUUCUAACAAAAAAAAUAUUAAAAUGUUAUUGUCCAUUGUAAAUGGUAAAAGUAGCGACAAAGAACUUAAGUCAUUAGUAUUCAUGUGUUUGAUUAUCAAGGUUCUUGGACUAUUUUUACUCCAGUUCUGCUGGAUUUAGAAAAUCAAGGUUCGACUGUAACAAGUAGCCUCCUGUAACAAUUGUGUGACAAGAUAAAGAAUUGCUUUGUAGAGAUUUUGUGACAGGCUGUUAAUUGUCAGAGGCAGAUGCAAAACUCUGAAAUAACAGAUUAGUUAGAACAAGGUCUGUAAGGAGAUGUUGAAAGAAAAAAAAGUCUAGGAAAGGAGAAACGCUCUAUAAUAAACACUAUUUAAAGAACACUGAUUUUACAUUUUUUUACGAGAGAGUUUUAAUAGACUGGAUUUAAAAUCUAUGAGUUUUAACUUAUCAAGACUAUAAAAAUAAAGAAUA